UUGUCUGAUAACUUCUUUUCACUUCCUUGGGGACUGGCCUAUCAAAACAUCAGAACAGCAAGACAAAGCGUCAGCAUACUGAUGACCUGGAAGCAAAGCUCAUGGACGAAUUUGUUCCCCACUAAUCACACUUCAGAUGUGGAUGAAAACUAGAAAUACUGGCUCAAACAAAGAACCCAAAACACCACCACCUUGAUGGUUUGCCCAGGUCCGAGUCCUGGCCACAUAUGUUAGCUGGCUAUAACCACACGAUGAUUACAUGAAAAUGUUAUGCUUUCCAAAAAAAACCAUUAAAAGAAAUUAAACAAAAUAAAGGUUCAAUAAGUUACAAAAACGUGGUGUUGUGAUUGAUUUGUUUAGAGCAAUUUUCGAAAAAUAAUGGAAUAUGGACAGGCCCAGUCUACAGACUCAUGAUGUUAGGAAAAUUGCGCGAAGAUUAAGAAAAUUGUACUGAAUGGAGUUCAUAUGGCGCUAAGGUGAAUGGCAAUGCUUCAAAAAAAAUCAUUAAGUCGUUUUUAAAUCUUCAAAUCCCUAUUUCUAGCCCCGCAGUGCAGGAAAAUAACGUUAAAUUGCUCGCCAAAAACACACUACAGCUGCUGCCGUGUCUGAGGCGUAAACACAUCCUCAGAUCACCUCGGCGAAAACGUGUAGCCCUUGGUUACAAACUUUCCACCAAUCACAGCGCCGCGUCGCUCUCCGCGUGACGGGAGCAACAUGGAAGUGCGGGGCAACGUCAAGACCCCGAGCGACGGUCUCCCGAAAACUCCCCGCGUCUCUCCGUGAGAGGGAAGCCCAACUUCUCGCUUUCUGUCGCGUAAAUGUCCGUUUCGAGGUCCGGUAUCCGUUUGCCGCGGCCUCAACGACCAUGCUGGGCAUGUACGUGCCGGACAGGUUCGCGCUGAAGUCUUCGAAAGUUCAAGACGGAGUCGGGCUGUACACGGCGAGGCGCGUAAAGAAGGGAGAGAAGUUCGGUCCGUUUGCUGGGGAGAAGAGACUGCCCGGUGAGCUGCAUGAGAGCAUGGAUCCAAGGCUGAUGUGGGAGGUUCGAGGGAACAGGGGUGAUGUGCUGUACAUUCUGGACGCCAGCAACCCUCGACAUGCCAACUGGCUCCGGUUUGUGCACCAGGCUCCGUGUCAGGAGCAGAAGAACCUGGCUGCCAUCCAGGAUGGGGAGAACAUCUUUUACCUGGCUGUGGAUGACAUAGAGACAGAUACAGAGCUCCUGAUUGGCUAUCUGGAUAGUGACAUGGAGGAGGAAGAGGAAGACGAGGAGGAGGAUGAGAUGAUGAAAGACGAAGAUGAGAACAGCAAAGAGGGCAAGCACCUCGGCACAGAGCCAGAGUCGGUGAUGAAGGAGGACCACCCUUGCCUGCUGUGUGAGAGCAGCUUCCCCAGUGAGGAGGUGCUGGCCGAGCACCUGCAGAGCCUGCACCAGAGAGCCAGCACCGAGGACAAGGAGUUCAAAUGCCGCAACUGUGGCAAAGAGUUCCCCGUCAGACAAGCUCUCCAACGCCAUGUCCUCCACUGCACAGAGGGUCUAACUUCAGUAGGAGACGCUUCCCAAGUCCAUCAGUGUACACUCUGCCACAGCUCCUUCUCUUCCGAGUCUAGCUUUGAGCAACACAAGGAAGCUUGUAGAGGAGAUGCCAGGUUUAUUUGCAAGGUAGAAAGCUGUGGGAAGCGAUUCAAGAGUAAAGAUGCCCUAAAGAAACACAAAGGCAACGUUCACACUGGUAAUGCCCGCCGGAAGCUCAUAUGUGCCAUCUGCAAUAAGAAAUGCUCCUCUUCAGUCAAUCUGCAGGAACAUCGCAAGAUCCAUGAGAUAUUUGACUGCUCUGCCUGUGAGAAGAAAUUCAUCUCAACCAAUCAACUAAAGCGCCAUAUGAUCACACAUUCAGAGAAGCGGCCCUACACCUGUGAGAUCUGCAGUCGCAGCUUCAAGCGCCUGGACCAGGUGACGGCCCACAAGAUCAUUCACAGUGAGGACAAGCCCUACAAGUGCAAGCUGUGCUGGAAAGAGUUUGCCCACCGCAACGUCUACAAGAACCACAAAAAGACGCACUCUGAGGAGCGGCCGUUCCAGUGUGACGAGUGUAAGGCUCUGUUCCGUACACCGUUCUCCUUACAGCGCCACCUCCUCAUUCACAACAGCGAGAGGACGUUCAAGUGCGACCAGUGCGAUGCCACCUUCAAGCGGAAGGACACGCUGAACGUGCACAUCCAGGUGGUGCACGACGGCCACAAGAAGUACAAGUGCGACCUGUGUGAGAAGGCCUUCGUCACGCCGUCCGUGCUCAAGAGCCACAAGAAGACACACACGGGGGAGAAGGAGAAAAUCUGUCCGUACUGCGGUCAGAAGUUCGCCAGUAACGGAACCCUCAGAGUUCAUAUCCGCAGCCACACAGGGGAACGCCCUUAUCAGUGCCCUUACUGUGACAAAGCCUUCAGCAAGAAUGAUGGGUUGAAGAUGCACAUACGUACCCACACCCGGGAGAAGCCGUAUAAAUGCACAGAAUGCAAUAAGGCGUUCAGUCAGAAGCGAGGUCUGGAUGAACACAUGCGUACACACACUGGAGAGAAACCCUUCCAAUGUGACGUGUGUGACCUGUCGUUUAGCUUGAAGAAGAUGCUGAUCAGACACAAGCUGACCCACAACCCAAACAGACCCAUGGCCGAGUGCUCGCUGUGCCACAAGAAGUUCACCCGCAACGACUACCUCAAAGUGCACAUGGAGAACGUCCACGGAGAGACCGAGGGCUGAUGGCCACGCCCCCUACAGCCGACUACCUCAAAGUGCACGUGGAGAACGUCCACGGAGAGACUGGAUCGAUCAUCUCUCUCUCUCUAGGUGAAAAGGUUCACAAAUGCAUACUGGAGUGAUGCUAUGUUGUGUAGCAGUAGUUCUGCAGGCCUCCCCUGAGCAUGUAUAAUAGUAUCUGCUGUGAGCAGAUAAGGAACUCGAUUCACGCUUGAAUAUUGUUCGCCGCUGUCCUCGUAAAGCCGUACUGAAAGCUGAGUUUGUGGUUAUGAUGCCCUCUACGUACCCAUCUGUCGCCUUCCAUUUUGCUUUCCAGUUUUGUUGCUUUCGUUUGUCACCUGUAACGUAAAUCAUUAAUCGACAUAAUAUAAUGUUGCUGUUUAA